GUAAAAUUGAUGAAAGAAAACCUCACAUGAAGACGCAUCUGAUUUACUCAUCAUCCGAUAUUUGCUCUGUAUAAUCUACCAAUUUUACUUUACCAUCAUGGAUACCUUUAAUAUGUUUGUAACGGCGCAAAGUAGUUAAUGAUUUGAAUAUCUAGAACUUUCCAGUAAUAUUGAUCCAUUUCCAUUGGAUGUCUGCUAAUUAAGGUUCCAGGAUCAGGUUGCACAUUUAUGUCUGUGAUCAAACCAACAAUUACGAAGCGGGGAAUUGUGUUGGUAGGUACCUAUGAAUUAUUCGCCAAUGUGGACCCACCGCCACAAAUCUCUACUCACAGUCAGCACUAAUUGUCGGUUACAACAUGAACGCUGUACAACCGGAAGCUUGUACACGUCAAAUUCACGUGUGAGUCCCUUGAUGCGUUAGUGAACCUCAGUAUAUAAAUGCUGGUUUUCCCUCGAAGGAAUUGGACUUGACAACUUUACAUUGCUUCACCAGUCUUCCGCAACAAUCAAAACUUUACCAAGUAUCCGCAGAUUUUAUUACCUUCCAAUAGCAUUGUUCAUCGAUCACUAUGGGAUCCCUUUCGUCAGAACCUACUCCCAAGCCAGUAUCGGCCGCAGACUUUGCCCGUCAAGGUAUGGCAGCUUAUAGAGCUCCUUCCCUUUUGCAGCCCCACCGUUUGCGCGAAGCGAUCAAGGACGCCCAUGAUGGAAAGAUUCCACCAAUCGUAGGGUACUACAUGGGUUUGGCAUCUCCUCCAAUCUCGAAACUUGUAGCCCAAUUUGGAUACGAUGUGGUCUGGGUUGAUUGGGAACACUCGGCUAUGAAUGUUGAAACUAUGACACAGGUAAUUGCCAGCAUGUUUGAUGAAAACUAAGGAAGAUUCUGACAAGCUCUUCCAGAUUGUAUACGAUAUUCAAUUCAUGAGCGAAGGCAAGAGCGCAGCUAUUGUUCGGUAUGUCGCCGCGUGCUGAUAUAUUUUUGGUUGAAUACAAAUUGAAAUAGGGUACCUGGUCAUGACCAUGCUGCUAUUGGCUUUGCUCUGGAUGCUGGGGCCAGUAUUGUCGUCCCACAAGUCGAGACUGUUGAACAAGCAAAACAUAUUGUCUCCGCCGCCAAGUUUGGAGCCAAGAUCAACGGUACUCGGUCUGCACCUCCAUGCCGCUGGUAAGAGUCUCGUUCAAGCGUGUAUCUCAAAGUUAAAGCUACAAAGUUUAAGUCUAUGGUACUAAGUGAUCUCUAUGCAGGUUCCCGGGCCUUUCCGACCAACCUCUCAAUACCUCGAUGACCCUACACGAGAACCUCAACACGCAAGCCGCAAUCAUCAUUCAAAUUGAAUCUCUCGCUGGCAUGCGCAACCUCGAUGCCAUUCUUACCGAAUGCGGCGACCAAAUCGAUAGCGUCUGGCUUGGUUCAUUGGAUGCCCGAAUUAGCAUGAACUUACCAGGCGGUGGCCUUUAUGGCAAAGAACCAGAGUGGCUCGAGGGAGUCAAGAUCUAUGAAGCAGCACUUGCAAAACACAAUAAACCAGCUUCAGGACUUGCUUUUGGUACACCAGAGGCCAAGGAGAUUAUGUCCAAGGGAAAGAGCAUGUUAUUUUGCGCUGCGGAUGUUUACGGGUUAAUGGGUGCCUUGGGGGAUCUUGCUGAUACUCGUAAGGAGUACCCUGCUCGAAAUUAUGGUGCAAAAUUUUAGGUUGGUAGUUUGAACAAAGCACUUCCGAAGGAAUGCUGGUGGAUAAGUUAAUGGAACCCCUUUUUGAUUUAUUGAACACUGAAGGUUUGUUCGAGGGGUGGAUGGUUGGCCAGGGUGGUGGUUUCUCUCCUAGCGCGGGAGAUGGGGC